ACUCUGGAAAUAAAAAGCAAACACGAGCCGCAUUAUAAACUGCACGCAGAAAUAUUACGGGAAAUAUAAAAGGUGUUGUUAAUUCAUAUUAGACUUAGUACCUGGUAAAACUAGUCAACACAACAAAAAUAGUAAAACAUUUAAAGGAAACUUGUUUUUUUAUUAUAAAGCAAGCUGUAUACAUUGUAAGGAUCUACUUAGGUUCUUUCGCCUAAAUACAACGCAGACGCAAACAACAACGUGCCGCGUGGAGCAGCACCACUGGUUAUUAUCACAUCAGUAUAUAUAAAUCGCAGCACUGAAUUCGUGCCACGCACCGCUUCCCUUAGUCCACAGGAUGGUACCAAUUGGUGCUGUACAUGGUCACCCGGGCGUGCAUCAGCCACAACCGAUGCCCAGCGCGCCUACGGGCCCUAACACUCUGCAAUCUUCAUCUUCAACCACGUCUAGCACCCCGUCGAACAAGAGCUCAUUAUCGGUGAAACCUAACUAUGCGCUGAAAUUCACUUUGGCCGGUCACACAAAAGCUGUAUCUGCUGUAAAAUUUAGCCCGAAUGGAGAAUGGUUGGCUAGCUCAUCGGCUGAUAAAUUAAUAAAAAUCUGGGGCGCUUAUGAUGGUAAAUUCGAAAAAACUAUUUCUGGUCAUAAGCUCGGCAUAAGUGAUGUUGCCUGGUCGUCUGAUUCACGUUUACUUGUAAGCGCAAGUGAUGAUAAAACCCUUAAAGUGUGGGAACUAAGCUCGGGCAAGUGCUUAAAAACGCUUAAAGGGCACAGCAACUAUGUAUUCUGCUGCAACUUUAAUCCGCAGUCGAAUUUAAUUGUAUCGGGCAGUUUUGAUGAAAGUGUGCGUAUUUGGGACGUUCGCACCGGCAAGUGUUUGAAAACUCUUCCAGCCCAUUCUGAUCCUGUAUCUGCAGUACACUUUAAUCGUGAUGGAUCAUUGAUUGUAAGUUCUAGCUAUGACGGGCUAUGCCGUAUUUGGGAUACCGCUAGCGGACAGUGCCUGAAAACAUUAAUUGACGAUGAUAAUCCCCCGGUGAGCUUUGUCAAGUUUUCACCCAACGGAAAGUAUAUUCUAGCAGCCACUUUGGACAACACUUUGAAGCUAUGGGAUUACUCGAAAGGCAAAUGCUUGAAAACAUAUACCGGUCACAAAAAUGAAAAAUAUUGUAUAUUUGCUAAUUUUUCUGUAACUGGUGGCAAGUGGAUUGUAUCUGGCAGCGAGGACAACAUGGUCUACAUCUGGAACUUACAGAGCAAAGAAGUCGUACAAAAGCUACAAGGUCACACGGAUACUGUGCUGUGUACAGCAUGUCAUCCCACGGAGAACAUCAUCGCUUCUGCGGCGUUAGAAAAUGACAAGACGAUCAAACUGUGGAAGAGUGACACAUAAACGCAUAAGUAGAAUGGAUUACCGCUCGCGUGCAUACAUAUAGUGUAUUCAUUAAAUUAGUUUAAGAAAUCAUCUGAGAAAGAAUAUGUUUUGCAAUAACAAAA